ACACAAACCGGCGGACUUUGGCCGAAGCUUGGCAAGCAGUCCGGUGGGUCUCUUCUGCUCUUGGUUUUCAAGAAAUCCAUCGCCUGCUCUCUCUAUAUUAGAUGACCCCCCACCUUGAAAAGUUCUCAUCUUCAUCGCUGACUUUCCGAGAAAAACCAAUCCUUUCUCGAGAAAAACUUCCAUGGGGAGGAAAGGGCUGUUCGAUCUUGAGAAGCAUUUCGCCUCCUAUGGGGCGUACCACAGCAACCCGGUCAACAUUCUGAUCCACACCGUGUCCGUUUGGCCGAUCUUCUUCACUGCUCUCGUCCUCCUCUACUUCACUCCCACUAUCUGUCAGCUCUUCAACUUUCAGCCCCAGUGUUUCUUGGCGAGACAUGGCCUGUUCUUGAAUUUGGGCUUCUUUUGCGCUCUCCUGUAUGCUGUUUUCUAUGUGUGCAUGGACAUAAAAGCGGGUUCUUUGGCUGCUUUGCUGUGUAUGGUGUGCUGGGUUGGGGCCAGCUGGCUCGCUAGUUAUCUUGGUUUCUCCCUGGCUUGGAAGGUUGUUCUUGCGGCUCAAUUAUUCUGCUGGACAGGGCAAUUCCUCGGACAUGGCGUAUUUGAGAAACGAGCGCCAGCUCUUUUGGACAAUCUUGUACAAGCCUUUCUCAUGGCUCCUUUCUUUGUUUUGCUUGAGGUUCUUCAAACUGUCUUUGGAUAUGAGCCAUAUCAAGGGUUUCAUGCUAGUGUAAAACUGAGAAUUGAUGCCGAAAUCGCAGAUUGGAAGGAAAAGAAACAGAAGAUGGGGCCAUACUUUUUGUAAUAUCAAUUUUGUGCGUCGAUUUCAAUUUAAAAUGCAUUGCUUGAGAUUUUCUUUUCAUCUCAAGAUUCUCCUUUUAAACCCGACCCUUCAAGUAUUCCAUUUAUUCAAAUUUUCUUUCCUCGCUAAAUUUGGCAGGACAAUGUAAGGAACCAAACAAGCUUUACAUAUAUGCAGAUAAGUUUUGUA